UUGCCUUAUGAAACAUUGCAGACCCCUAAAGCUACUGUCGAGGUCAAGGAACUUGGAGUAGAUAUAUGUAAAGAAGGUGGAUCCAAGCCUAAUCUGUUUAUUAAGCUACACAUACUACCUAUUUUUCUUCACAUGGGUGAAUCACGGGCUAGUUUGGACCAAUCAUCUACGUUAAUUGAUGGAAGAUGCAUUUCCACUGUUCAGACAUCCUCUAGCAUGAUGGAGAAUUCUUCCGCUCCUUUUUUCUGUGAAGAGUUCUCUCUCACUUGUGAAUUUGGUCAUGAUAGGGAAGCAGGUGUAAUUCUACAGAAUCUGGAUGUAUCCUGUGGAGAUGUUGCUGUGAGUCUCAAUGAGGAGUUGCUUUCCAAAAGCAAAAAAUCUUCAGACACUACUCACACAGAUAAAGGCAUGGAAUCAACUAUUGGUUCUGGGGCUGCUCCAAAGCCUCACAAGAAACAAGCAUUGCUUGUUGCACUUACAAAGAAUGCCAGUAUUUUCCCAGAGAAGGUUUGCCUAAAUUUACCAAAGGUGGAUAUCAGAUUUUUGCAUCAAGAACGUAAUCUUUUUGUUGAGAAUAACAUCACCGGCAUUCAACUGAAGAUCAUUAAAUCACAAUCCACUGAAGACAUAGGUGAAAGUACACGGCUUGAUGUUCAAAUGGAUUUCAGUGAAAUACAUCUACUUAGAGAAGCUGGCACUUCCGUCUUGGAGAUAAUGAAAGUUGAUGUUGUUUCUUUUCUUUACAUUCCUCUACAGCCAACCUCUCCUGUUAGAGCUGAAGUUGAUGUUAAGCUAGGAGGUACUCAGUGCAACAUUAUUAUGAGUAGAUUCAAGCCUUGGUUGCAUCUACACUUCUCAGAAAAGAAAAGAAUGGUUCUUCGUGAGGAAACUUCUAUUCAUCAGAAGCCACAAUCAACUGAACCCAAAUCCAUUAUGUGGACAAGUACUGUCUCAGCACCCGAGAUGACUAUUGUGCUUUAUAGCAUCAGCGGUGUCCCACUAUAUCAUGGUUGCUCACAAUCAUCACAUUUGUUUGCUAAUAACAUUUCAAGUUCUGGAACUACGGUACACAUGGAACUGGGAGAAUUAAAUUUACACAUGGAAGAUGAAUAUCAGCAAUGCUUGAAAGAAAGCCUCUUUGGAAUAGAAUCAAAUUCGGGUUCUCUAAUGCAUAUAGCAAAGGUUAGUUUAGACUGGGGAAAGAAAGAUGUGGAAUCAUCAGAAGAAGAUGGUCCCAGGAGUAAAUUGGUUUUAUCUGUUGAUGUGACUGGAAUGGGCAUUUAUUUUACUUUCCAGCGUGUUGAGUCACUUAUAAUAACUGCUAUGUCCUUUCAAGCUCUUUUUAAAAGUUUAUCAGCUUCUGGUAAAAAAACGGCACAGAUCCGAGGACUUCGCUCAUCCAAAACAUCAGGGAAAGGGACUCGGCUCUUAAAAUUCAGUCUUGAACGCUGUUCUGUUAAUUUUUGUGGAGAUACAGCCGUGGACAAUACAACUAUUGCAGAUCCCAAGCGUGUUAACUAUGGCUCACAGGGUGGUCGAGUUGUAAUUAGUGUCUCAGCUGAUGGUACACCGCGCUAUGCAAACAUUAUGUCUACAAUUUCUGAUGAACUCAAGAAGUUGAAAUAUUCCAUUUCUCUUGAAAUAUUUCAUUUUAGUUUUUGUGGGAACAAGGAGAAACAGUCCACACAAAUGGAACUUGAAAGAGCCAGAUCUAUCUAUCAGGAAUAUUUGGAGGAGCAUAGGCCUUGUACAAAGGUAACAUUGUUUGACAUGCAGAAUGCUAAGUUUGUACGGCGCACUGGUGGUCUUAAGGAAAUCGCUGUCUGCUCUCUUUUCAGUGCUACUGAUAUUACAGUCAGGUGGGAGCCUGAUGUACAUAUAUCAUUAUUUGAACUUAUUUUACAAUUGAAGUUAAUAGUACAGAAUCAAAAGCUUCAAGAAGUCUGUAAUGAGGAUAUGCACAAUGUCUAUAGUGUAAGAGAAGCAGAACAGAUGAAAGGAGGCUCUUCUGAGUCCAGCUCGGUUGAUAAGUCCAAGAAAAAGGAAUCUAUUUUUGCUGUUGAUGUAGAAAUGUUGAGUAUAUCUGCCGAGGUAGGAGAUGGGGUUGAUGCUAUGGUGCAAGUUCAGUCAAUUUUCUCUGAGAAUGCUCGUAUUGGAGUACUUCUUGAAGGACUUAUUCUCAGUUUCAAUGGAUCUAGGGUAUUCAAAAGUAGCAGGAUGCAAAUUUCACGGAUUCCUAGUGCAUCUUCAAGUUCAUCUGAUGCAAAAGUAACGGCUGGUGGAACUUGGGAUUGGGUCAUUCAAGGCCUUGAUAUUCAUAUUUGCAUGCCAUACAGGCUACAGUUGCGUGCCAUUGAUGAUUCUGUUGAAGAGAUGUUGCGAGGUUUAAAGCUUAUAAUUGCUGCCAAAAGUAAACUAAUUUAUCCCAUCAAGAAAGAAAGUUCAAAGCCUAAAAAGCCUAGUUCAAUGAAAUUUGGUUGCAUAAGGUUUUGUAUACGGAAAUUGACAUUUGAUAUUGAGGAAGAACCAAUUCAGGGUUGGCUUGAUGAACGCUAUCAGCUGAUGAAGAAAGAGGCUCGUGAGUUAGCUGUCAGGUUGAAUUUUCUUAAUGAAUUUAUCUCCAAAUCCGUACAGUGUCCUAAAAAUGCUGAAACAAAUGGUUCAACUGAUGAAAAACAUUUAUUAUUAAAUGGAGAUGAGGUUAAUGUACAAGAUCCUUCAGCAGUCCUCAAAAUGGAAGAAAAGAUCUAUAUACAGUCGUUCCAGUCAUAUUACAAUGCAUGCCAAAAAUUAGUACCUUCAGAAGGUUCAGGUGCUUGUAAGGAGGGAUUUCAGGCUGGUUUUAAGCCAAGCACUGCUAGAACUUCUCUUCUUUCGGUUUCUGCUACAGAUUUUGACAUAAGCCUGACAGCAAUUGAUGGUGGAGAUGAUGGGAUGAUAGAACUUCUAAGAAAGCUUGAUCCUAUCUGUCAAGAAAAUAAUAUACCCUUUUCUCGACUAUAUGGAAGCAAUAUUCUUUUGAAUACCAGCACUCUGGCUGUUCAGUUAAGGGACUAUACGUUUCCUCUUUUCUCUGCGGCUGGUGGUAAAUGUGAAGGUCGUGUUGUGCUGGCACAGCAGGCCACAUGUUUUCAGCCCCAAAUUUUUCAAGAUGUCUUUGUGGGUAGAUGGAGAAAGGUGCGCAUGCUUCGUUCAGCUACCGGCACAACUCCCCCAAUGAAAACAUAUUCAGAUUUGCCUAUAUAUUUUCAAAAGGCAGAGGUAUCUUUUGGAGUGGGCUAUGAACCAGUUUUUGCUGAUAUUAGCUACGCGUUCACUGUGGCCCUCCGUAGAGCUAAUCUAAGUCGUAGGAGUCCUGAUGUUCCACAGCCUUCUAAGAAGGAGAAGAGCUUACCAUGGUGGGAUGAUAUGAGAAAUUACAUUCAUGGAAAUAUCACCCUGUCUUUUUCUGAAUCUAAAUGGAACAUUCUUGCAACCACUGAUCCAUACGAGCAGCAUGAUAAACUUCAAGUUACAUCUGGUCCCAUGGAUAUUCAGCAAUCUGAUGGUCGUAUUUAUCUUUCUGUCAAGGAAUUCAAGAUUUUCUUGAGCAGUUUGGAGAGUCUAGUAAGUAGCCACUGCUUAAAAGUUCCAGCUGGAACAUCUGGUGCUGCUUUCCUUGAAGCCCCUGUCUUUACCCUUGAGGUUAUGAUGGACUGGGACUGUGAAUCUGGACAGCCGAUGAAUCAUUAUUUAUUUGCACUUCCUAAUGAAGGAAGGCUUCGUGAGAAGGUCUUUGAUCCUUUCAGAUCGACUUCCCUAUCACUCCGCUGGAACUUCUCUCUUAGACCAGAGAAACAAUCACCAUCUACCUCCAUGGCAGGGAGCAGCAAUACUGGUGGAACAGUAUAUGAUCGUCAGCGUAAGCCUGAUAAUAUCUCAAUUGCGUCACCGACCUUCAAUGUUGGGAGCUCAUGAUUUGCAUGGUUGAUUAGGUUCUGGAAUAUGAAUUAUCUUCCUUAUAGCAGGGGUAAGCAAAAAUAUACUUUUGAAUGCAGGCGUGAUCCUCUGGAUCUUGUAUACCAGGGUCUGGACCUGCACAUACCUAAGGCUUUUUUAAAUAGAGAAGAACUGAGUGUUGCAAAAGUAGCUCAGAUGACAAGGAAAAGUUCUCAAUCUGCAUCCACGGAAAGAGUUCCUGCUGAAAAAUGUAAUCCUGUGACCGGUUGCACGGAGAAGCAUCGGGAUGAUGGGUUUCUGUUGUCGUCUGAUUAUUUCACAAUAAGGAGGCAGGCACCAAAGGCUGAUCCGGCAAGGUUAUUGGCAUGGCAAGAGGCUGGAAGGAAAAAUCUUGAAAUGACAUACGUGAGGUCUGAAUUUGAGAAUGGAAGUGAGAGUGAUGAGCACACGCGGUCAGACCCAAGCGAUGAUGAUGGAUACAAUGUAGUAAUAGCUGAUAAUUGCCAGCGCGUUUUUGUUUAUGGCCUCAAACUGUUGUGGACUAUAGAAAACAGGGAUGCUGUUUGGUCCUGGGUUGGUGGAUUAUCUAAAGCAUUUGAACCUCCAAAGCCUUCCCCUUCUCGACAGUUUGCACAGAGGAAACUAAUUGAGGAAAACCAGAAACAUGGUGAAAGUGAAAUGGUUCAAGAUGAUAUUUCUAAGCCUUCUCCUGCCAGCCAGGUCGUGAAACCUUCUCCUCAGCCUGUGGAGACGGCUGCUGAAUCUCUUCCAUCUCCAUCACAUUCAGUUAAAGUGGAAAACUCAUCAUCUGCUGCUGUUAUGAUAAAUGAGGGCAUCAAUGAUCCCGAGGAGGAAGGGACUCGACAUUUCAUGGUGAAUGUUAUUGAGCCGCAAUUCAAUCUCCACUCUGAAGACGCAAAUGGUAGAUUUCUGCUUGCUGCUGUCAGCGGCCGUGUUUUAGCAAGAUCUUUUCAUUCUGUUCUUCGUGUUGGAUAUGAGAUGAUUGAACAAGCACUUGCUAGUGAAAAUGUUCACAUUCCAGAAUGUGGACCUGAAAUGACAUGGAAACGAACUGAGUUCUCCGUUAUGUUGAAGCAUGUACAAGCCCAUGUUGCACCUACUGAUGUUGAUCCAGGGGCUGGGCUACAGUGGCUCCCAAAAAUUCUUCGGAGCUCUCCUAAAGUGAAACGUACUGGUGCUCUACUUGAAAGAGUGUUCAUGCCUUGUGAUAUGUAUUUCCGUUAUACAAGGCACAAAGGUGGGACUCCAGAUUUGAAGGUGAAGCCGUUAAAGGAACUCACCUUUAAUUCUGAUGAUAUAACAGCAACAAUGACAUCCCGCCAAUUUCAGGUCAUGCUGGAUGUGUUGACCAACCUUCUAUUCGCAAGACUUCCCAAGCCUAGAAAAAGUAGUCUGUCAUAUCCUACUGAAGAUGAUGAAGAAGUAGAAGAGGAAGCCCAUGAAGUGGUUCCUGAUGGUGUUGAAGAGGUAGAACUUGCAAAGGUCGACCUUGAACAAAAAGAGAGAGCGCAUAAGUUGCUUCUUGACGACAUUAGGAAAUUAUCCUUAUAUUCUGAUACUUCAGGAGACCUACAUCUAGAAAAGGAAGGUGACUUGUGGAUGAUUACUGGUGGGAGAUCUAUAUUGGUGCAAGGACUGAAGAGAGAGCUUGUGAAUGCACAAAAAUCUAGAAAGGCAGCAUCUGCAUCAUUGCGCAUGGCUCUACAGAAGGCUGCUCAGCUACGUUUAAUGGAGAAGGAGAAGAACAAAAGCCCGUCCUAUGCUAUGCGUAUCUCUUUGCAAAUUAACAAAGUUGUUUGGAGCAUGCUCGUAGAUGGUAAAUCCUUUGCUGAGGCUGAGAUAAACGACAUGGUGGAGAUUUACCCUCUUAGAAUACAUUUGACAGAGACAAUGUACAGAAUGAUGUGGGAGUAUUUCUUCCCAGAAGAAGAGCAAGAUUCACAACGGCGACAGGAAGUCUGGAAAGUUUCGACAACAGCUGGGGCAAGACGUGUAAAGAAAGGCUCAUCUGCCCAUGAAGCUUCUGGAUCAGGUGGCCAUUCGAUGAAAGAGUUCGAGGGCUCAUUUAAAUCUUAUGUAGCACCUUCUACCUCUGCUAAUAUUCAGUCAUCCAUUCAUGUAGAUUCCAUUCAAUCAUCAAAGCUGCAGAACCUGAAGUCUAACGUUGUUUGCGGCUCAGGCCCGGAGUUAAGAAGAACAUCUUCUUUUGAUAGGACAUGGGAGGAGACUGUGGCAGAGUCUGUUGCAACUGAACUUGUCUUACAGGCUCACUCUUCUAGUAUUUCUUCAUCAAAAAGUGAUCCUCUUAGUUCUAUUGACCAAGGAGAUGAAUCCUCAAAAAAUAAAUCAAAAGAAUCUAAAGUAGUAAAAUCUGGCCGCUCUUCUCAUGAAGAAAAGAAGGUUGGGAAAUCACAGGAAGAUAAAAGAUCUAGGCCUCGAAAGAUGAUGGAGUUUCACAAUAUUAAGAUAAGUCAGGUCGAGCUACUAGUUACUUAUGAAGGGUCAAGAUUUGUUGUGAAUGAUCUUAAAUUGCUGAUGGAUACAUUCCACCGUGUUGAGUUUACUGGGACUUGGAGGAGACUCUUCUCUAGAGUUAAGAAACAUAUAAUCUGGGGAGUUCUGAAGUCUGUGACUGGGAUGCAGGGUAAGAAAUUCAAAGAUAAAGCCCAUAGUCAGCGGGAGUCUCCUGAUAUUGAUCUUGCUUUGAGUGACAAUGAUCAGCCUGGGAAACCUGAUCAAUAUCCCAUAACAUUUCUUAAGCGGCCAAGUGAUGGAGCAGGUGAUGGAUUUGUCACUUCCAUCAGAGGCCUAUUCAAUACUCAAAGGCACAAGUUCUUAACAUUCUGA